AUGUACGAUGAGUACCCUCUGGGUCAUGCGGGGGGCUCGGACCAUGACGAGGAAGACGACAUGGUCAUCGUCGACGUACUCAAGGGCGGUGGAUUCAGUCCCACGACUGAGUUGUCGCUCGUGACCGAGUUGCCGUCAACGUACCUACGAGCAUCUCGCGUGCGCCCGAUUGUUCGAAUUCGCGGCGACGGUGUCAACGACAACGACAUUGAGUGCACUGUGUCGACGCCCGACCCUCCACACACAUACGGCGCGACUCCACCCUCCCACGACCGGAACAUGUCAAAUCGCACUAGGAGAAGGCGCUCUUGGUCGAGCAGUAGCAAUGGCAACGAUGCCCCAUACAUACUCCACCGUGCACCGCGUGCAUCUGUCCAACGGUCUGAACGGUACAUGACCAUGCUGGCAACGCAAAAGGAGCGCUACUGGAGGAUCACGCCCACAAGUGUGGAAUUCCUCGUUGAGCGGUCGCUGGGCUACAUCGGGGGCUUUCGCGGUCGGAGCACCGCCAUGACGGUGGCGCGACAUCUCUUGUGGAAGCAGUUUACGGUGUUGCUCGAUUCAAAGCGCGUGUCUGAGCGGAAGAAGCGGGCCGCGCGGCUCUUGAGUGACCAAGCACCGGCUUCGCAAACACGCACAGUGUCACGGGAACAACUGGACGACGGAAACGAAGACGGGUUUUCCAGGUGGAGUCGCGUAAAGCCUCGAAACAUGGCCGAGUCCAUCGUCCUCGAUCGGCUCAAGCAGAUUUUCAAGUGUUCUACGCUCAAGCGCGAGAGCGAGUCCCCGCCGCGGCCUGCCUCCUCCGACAACGUUGAUCAUAAUUCUCGCAAGAAGGCCAAGAAAUCCAAGCGCGCAACGUUAUCGCCAUCGAUUGCUGCGCCAGCGUUGUUCACGGAGGCAUCGGCGCCUUCACAUGCGGCACAUGAUCGUGCUCCUGUCGAAAAGUCAAAGCCGGUGGACCCGCGGAGGAGGCUCGUCGUGCCAUUUGGCCCUGCCGCCGCCGCCCCCGCUCCAUCACCUUCACGGUCCGCGAAGCAGCCACCCAUGGACCCGCGCUCUCGCGCCCACCCCCCACUGCCUCUGGCAGGAGACUUGCUACCUUCGAAGAAACAAAAGCCUCGCGAUAUGUCGAAAUCGUCGAAACCAGCGCGCGAAUCGAAACCACAAUCGAGUGCCUGCUACGACGAUUACAUGGUCGCAGUGUACCCGUCCAAGCCGAAGAAGCGCGCGCGGACGGAUCCAUCCAUGCGCCACCUGUACAACAAGCCGUCCACUGGCGCGUGCGUCCCCGCGUCGCCCACGUCGCACGUGACGGGUGGGUCGGCAAGUCUCCCGGAGAACUGGAAGUGGCGGCCGCUGGCGCAAGACAUCAAACCGAUUCGACCGUUUGACGGCAUGUCGGUUGAGCAGAUCGAGGACCAUUUGCAUUCGAUCAAGGUGGAAGGGCGGCUGUGGCGCUUCCGCCGGUUUGGCGCGCUGCUGCAAAAGCUCAUGGACCAUCCCCGCAACUGCAACGGCGUGUUCAACUCGCCCGUCGACCCCGUUGCGAUGAACCUGCCGACGUACACGUCAGUGGUCCGGCAUCCGAUGGACUUGGGUACGGUCAAAGCAAGCCUCGACAAGGGCCUGUACGCGACCCCCGAAGCGCUGGCCGCAGACAUCCGCCUCGUGUUUCAAAACGCGAUGGCAUUCAACGACGCCAACCACUGGGUUCACGUGAACGCAGACACGCUCUUGAGUCACUUCAACGAGAACUGGAGUCUGGAGCAUGACAAGCUGCUGCUGGAAGAGUCCAAGGCGGUGGCGCACUCGUGCGACGUGUGUUUAGGCCACACGUGCGCGGCGUGCGAUCAGCGCUGCCUCGAGCUCGUGGUCCCGUUCAACCAGUGCUUUGGAAACUGCGGCACGACGUUUCGGAAGGGCAGCACGUACUUUGUGACGCGCGACGGCACGCGCAUGUGGUGUGCCAAGUGCCGCACCAAGAGCAUGCGAGAAGAGCGCCUCCUCCAAGAGGACGACGAAUGCUUUCAGAACCCGCUCGUGAGUCGGCGCAACACGCUCCCGACCGCGUCCGAAGUGAGCGCGUGGCUGGUCAAGCGAAAAUGCGAAGCCGACGUCGAGCCGUGGGUGCAAUGCAGCUGCUGCGCGCAAUGGAUGCACCAAGUGUGCGUGCUGUUCAACCCGGUCGAAGACGCGUACGCAACGGACAAUCGGUUUGUGUGUCCGCACUGCCAGCUCCAGUCGCGCCGCGUCGCGAGCAUCCCGCCGAGUUUUCUCGACUGCACGUCGCUGCCCGAGACCGAGCUCAGUCGGUUUUUGGAAGCGAGUUUGGGCGACGCGGCGGGCGACGCGAUCGAUUCGUUGUGUGUGCGCACCAUGACGUUUACGGGCCAAGUCGCGCACUUGCCCACCGAAAUGGUCGACAUGUUUCAAUCGAAUGCGCGCAUCGUCCGCGAGCACUUUGGCCCGACGACCGUCGUCGACGUACCCGACCGCCUCGUGCACAGCACCAAGACGAUCUUUUUGUUUCAAAAGCACCACGGCGUCGACGUGUGCCUCUUUGCCAUGUACGUGCAAGAGUACGAUGACUCGGUCGAGUACGCUCCGAACCGUCGCAGCGCCUACCUUGCGUACAUCGAUAGCGUCCGGUACAUGGAGCCCGCGAGCAUCCGCACGGCAGUCUACCACAGCAUCCUGGCAUCGUAUUUCGACUACAUUCGUCGCCAAGGCAUGGAGCGCGUGUACAUUUGGUCGUGUCCGCCGCAGCGCAGCCAGAGUUAUGUCUUUUGGUGCCAUCCGCAUUUUCAAAAAACGCCCGGUGUCGACCACCUCCGCAUGUGGUACAAGCGCGUGCUGGACACGGCCAAAGCCCGCGGCAUCAUUGCUUCGUAUGGCACGCUGUACGACAUCCACUUUGCCGAGAUGGCGCUGCAGCUCAAGAAGGACAGCGCCAAGACCGACUCGGUGUGUGGUGUUCCGGCCGGGCACACCAAGGCCGCUGCCGUUGCGACCCGCCGCGGCUCGGGCUCGACCGUCCUCGACAAGGACGUGUACUUGUGGCCCGUCGCGACGAUGCCGUUGUUUGAAGGCGACUUCAUCCCUGGCGAACUCGACCGCGUCGCGCGCGCGCUGAAAGCAAAGAAUAAACCGCGCCGUGAGAAGGAACCGUCGUCGGACGUUUCGAUUUAUUUAAAGGACGCGUUUGCGUCGUUCAUGACGGCGCUCAAGGGGAUGCGGGACGACCUGCUCCAAGUCGAUUUGACCCCGCCGCCUGCCGGCUGCCCCCUCCCCGCGAAGGACCCGCCAACAAAGCUGCCGCCGUUCGUCGGGUCCCGCUUCGCCUUUCACCAGAUGAGCUCCCGUGCGUCAUACCAAUUCGACUCGCUUCGCCGCGCCAAGCACUCGACCAUGAUGCUUCUUCACCAAAUGAUCAACGCGUCCGUGCCCCAGUGUAAUACGUUCUGCCAUGAAUGCGCGCUGCUUAUCACGCACGCGGACCACUGGUUUUGCCGGACCUGUGCCCACUUUUCGCUGUGUGACUGGUGUCAUGCCCACCACGGCCCCGACCACCACCACAAGCUGUACCGCGGCCUGGACGACGUUGAAGGAAGCUAG